AUGAUCCAUUUCAAUCCAACUUCGGUUCCGUCAACAAGCAGAAACCCACCAUUCAAAUCUAACAACACUGUUCGAACACGAAGACUUUAUGAGUCAUCCAAUACGGCACCAGCGGUCACCGCUGCAUUUGAAGAUUGGCGACAAUGUGUGAUCAAACAACUCGACAAGAAGAAAAGCGACCCAAAGCUUUGGAAGAAAUUCGCUGCAAUUGUUGUCAAAUGCACGGCGUCUACAGAAUUGUCGAAAAUAAUCAUCACACCUAUACGGAAUAAGGACGAAAUCAAGCGAUAUAUUUACAAUAACGAUACCACGGACCCUGCCGUCGUUGUUACGUUAGGAGUUGGUGAAGAUAUAAUCGCGGAAAAACAUCUCAAGAAAACAUUACCGCUGGGUUCUAAAUUUUUUGGCGCUGAUCCUGUAUGGGAGAAGAAUGCAGAUCUCUUCGCACAGGUUGGAAAGUUUUUUCCGAUAGCUGUUGGAAAAGAGACCGGUUAUAUUGCUACAGAUAUCCUUACGAAAGGAAGGUACCAGUCUAGCAACGUGAUGACCAUUGAUUUUGUGACAUUCCUGACGAAAAUGGUGAAUGAAUCAAUGAUAGAUCUCAUAUUGAUGGACAACGAAGGUGCUGAAUACGACACGGUUCAGUUGCUAACAAUAGACAAAGUAUUUGACAAGCAUGGCAUAGUAAUUUGUCAAAUAAACGCUGAGUUUCAUCCGCCACGUAAUGGACAGUCGUACAUCGAUUAUCUGAAAAUCAUGUUGGACACAAUCAAGGUCAUUGUAUAA